AUGAAACAACAUUUGAUAAUUUUGGGCAUUUUGCUUCCCUUAAUAGCGGGUGCCCCUAAACCCCAAGAAAAAGCCAGUUCUGUAACUACGGGAAGUAUAGUAGAAAAGCAUGGUUAUCCUUUCGAGGAGCAUGAAGUUCAAACCUCCGAUGGAUAUAUUUUGGGACUUCAUCGAAUUCCCUACUCAUCACGAGUCAAAUCUGAAGGUCCUCGUCCAGCAGUUUUCCUCAUGCAUGGACUUUUAUGCUCUUCAAGUGAUUGGGUUUUACUAGGUCCUGAUUACGCCUUAGGCUACCGUCUUGCUGAUGCUGGCUAUGACGUUUGGAUGGGUAAUGCCCGAGGUAAUACCUACUCAAAAAACCACGCAACCUUGCACCCAUUGCUGCCGAGUUUUUGGAAAUUCGAUUGGCACGAAAUUGGACUGUACGAUCUUCCAGCUAUGAUUGACUACGUUCUUUACGAGACCGGACAAGAUCAAGUUCAUUACUUUGGUCAUUCACAAGGAACCACUUCAUUUUUGGUGCUUAAUUCACUCAAUAAGAAAUUCAAAAAUCGCAUAAAGUCUGCACAUUUAUUAGCUCCAGUUGCAUUCAUGGAUAACAUGAAAUCACCUUUAGUUAAGUUGGCUGCUCCUUUUAUGGGAGAUCCAAAAAGUUGGUUAAACAUAUUCGGAAAUACGCAAUUCAUGCCAAAUACAAAGAUUAUGGAACUGCUUGGUCAAAGUGCCUGCAAUGAUGAAGCAAAAUAUCAGUCCUUGUGUGCGAAUGCAAUCUUUCUUAUGGCAGGAUAUGAUGAUGAAAAUAUGAAUGCUACAUUACUUCCAGAAAUCUUAGCAACAACUCCAGCUGGAGCAUCAACCAAUCAAAUCUUCCACUAUCUGCAAGAAUACAAUUCGGGUAAAUUCCGUGAAUUCGAUGAGGGCAAGCUGCUGAAGAAGCCCAAGAAUUAUCCAAUUGAGAAAAUCGAUGUGCCAAUAUAUUUGUACUAUAGUGAAAAUGAUUAUAUGUCAUCUGAAGUCGAUGUGGAGAAACUAAUGAGAAAAUUGAAACCAUCAACAUUGAGGGGAGCACAUAAAGUGCCACAUCCAAAAUGGAAUCAUUUGGACUAUCUCUGGGGGUUGAAUAUUAACGAGCUAGUUCAUGAUUAUAUCAUGGAAAAUUUGAAGGAAAUAAAUGGAGAAUGAAAAGAAAAGAUGAAAAAAUGAAAU